CCCGCGCCGAUGCCAAGGAGAUAAUGCGCCAACGGGGUCCCCGCCUGCCCUCCAAGGUGCACAUCAACUCGUACAUGAGCGCCUUCAUCGCCGAUCCCCUGCAGGCGAUGAGCUUCGAUCGUUGUGAGGAUCUGCAGGGGCUCCCCCGCGCCCACUGGGCCUUCCGCGAGGAGCGCUUCGAGGACGUCGUUCCCGCCUGCACCGAGGAGAUCGACUCCACCGAGCACUGGGCCAGGCACCAGCCGGAGGCACGUCUGCUGCGCGGCACCUUCCAUCUACUGUGCGGCUGCUUCGCGGAGUGCCAGCAAGACUUUGAGGCUCUGAUCGGCGAUGCUGAGGCGGAUGCCACGCUGCGCGCCUACGCCCUCAUUCGCAGUGCCGCCCUUCGCUUCCAGCUGCAGCAACAGGACGAGGCCAUGGACGCCUUCGAGCAGGCGGCACGGCUGGUGUGCGACAAUCCCGACCUGCACCACCAGCGCGCCCUGAUCCACAGCAAGCUCCAGGACUUCGAGUCGGCCCUGAUAGACUUCGAAAUGGCCGCGUGGCUGGCUCCAGGCCACGUCAGCUCCCUGGCCCUCAAACACUUCACCGAGUACAAGCUGGCGAAGCUCCAAGACGACCAGCCCGGCAUGGAGGCUGCACUCCGCGGGCUGGACGAAGUGUCGGCAGCGGACCCCAGCACCAUCGAUGGCCACAUGCUGAAGGGCAGCAUCAUGUCCGAGCGCAAAGACUUCGCCGAGGCGCUGACCUGCUUCGAGAAGGCCGCCCAGCUGGCGCCCUGGAACCCCGUGCUGCUGGCCAACCGCGCCAUCUUGGAGCUGAAACAGCACGACGACGCCGAGCUGGUCAUCCCGCUCCUGUACGAGGCCAUCGAGCUGGAUCCCCGCUGCGCCACGCCCUACGGCCCGCUGGCCACCCUCGAGAUGAAGCGGCACAAUCCCGACAAGGCCGUGGAGCUGCUCAACCAGUCCUGCCUCUACGGCGACUCCCUCCAGGAGGUUCUGCACGCCUGCACCGUGCGCAAUGGCAUUCUGGCGUGCACCGUUGCCAAUAAGAAUUUGGGCAUCGACCAGCAGCGGCACCCAGGCCCCGGGGCCAUAGUCUAAUGUGUUGAAAAGUUGUUUGGGUUUCA